AUGGGAGAUCGACUCAUCAAUAUCAACCAGCUGGCUGAAGACUAUUCAGAGGAACACAUUUCGGCUCUGCCUGCCCUGCAUGCUUUUACUGGGGCUGACUGCACUUCAGCAUUCAAAGGCAAAGGGAAGGUGCAACCAACAAAGAUUCUUAAUCAGAACUCAAAAUUUGUCCAGAUCUUUGCUGAAGUGGGGAACUCUUGGGAGCUUGAUGAGACGAUUCUCAGUGGUGUUGAAGAGUUUACAUGUCGCCUCUAUGGGUUCAGUCGUCGAGUCAAAAAAGUCGAUGAGGCAAGAGAGGUUAAGAUCAAGAAAAUGUGUGGGUCAAGCCUUGAGCUUCAGCAGGGUCUCUCCGUUGACCGCUCAACCAUCCCACCUUGCAAGAGGGUCCUUUUUCAGCACAUAAAAAGAGUCAACUUCCAGGUAUGUGUCUGGAAGAGGGCUCAUGAGCACUACCCAGAGAGCCCAUCCCCUCUUGACCAUGGAGUUUAUAUGAACACAGAGACGGGCAAGUUAGAACCACUAUGGUUUGAGGGUGACGUCAUCCCCAAAGGCCUUGUCGACAUCUUGGCAGAAGAAGAAACAGAUGAGGAUGACUUAGCUGAUGAAACCCAUACAAAUAUGGAUGAUGAUGAGCAAGAGGAGGAAGAUGAUGAUUAA